UACCUAAGCCCCCAGAUGAUCGGGGAGAGCUCAGUUCAAUUUGUAAACAGUGCGAGUUUGGUUGUGGCUUUCGGUGUUUGUCUUUUGAUAUGUAAUCGUUACGCUUAUACACAUAAUAAUGGAGACUCAUAUACUUUGUGGCAGCCUGUUGAAAUGGCUGGAAACCUUCCCUGGCCGGGAAGGAAUCUCGGUCCAGCAGUUAACAGAUGGCGUUGUUAUGGCCAACGUUCUGCAUCAGAUAGCUCCCGAAUAUUUCACACAGUUCUGGCUAGUGAAGAUCAAGGCCGACGUCGGCGACAACUGGCGCCUCAAGGCGAACAUGACGACCAGGAGGAACUGGGUCGGAUGCUGCAGCUCAUCCUGGGAUGCGCCGUUAAUUGCGAGAGCAAACAGCAAUACAUCGAAGCCAUCAUGAACAUGGAGGAGAUGGUGCAGAAGGUGAUCAUGGAGGCAAUCCAGGAGUUGAUGCUGCGAGAGAGUUCCCCAGGCAUCCUGGGGCCUGACACCGAGGGGCGUCUCGAGCUGGGCCCCGCCUCCUUCCACCCGCAGCUGAAGACCGUCCUCGAACAGCUGGAAACGGCCACGCAGUCCAGGGACGAAGCUGUCCAGAGGUGCCAUGAGCUGGAACAGCAGAUCUCUGUGGUGUCGGAGGAGAAGACGGCACUGUCCACCGAAAACGAAAAGCUUUUGAACCGCCUGGAUGCCUUGGAAACGGGGGUUGAUCUUGGCGGUACGUCCACGCUACGAUACAAGGAUCUGAAGAAACAGAUCGACAGCCUUCAGGAUGAGCUGUAUAAGCUCGAAACAUCACGAGAUGAGUAUCGCACAAAGUUCGAGGUGCUGGAGAGGGAAAACCAGGAGAUUCAGACUCGUAACGAGGAACUGCAGCAAUUGGCUGAUGAAGCGCGCUCUCUCAAGGAUGAGGUGGACGCUCUCCGUGAGAUGAGCGAGCGGGCAGUAGUUUACGAGGGCACGAUGGAAACUUACAAGAAGAAAUUGGAGGAGUUGAGCGACCUGAAACGCCAGGUCAGAAUCCUCGAGGAGAAGAACUCCGACUACAUGCAGCACAACAUGGAACUUGAAGAGGAGGUAAAGAAGAGUGGCACUUGGAGACCUCAAUUGGAACUCUACAAAAAGCAAGUUGCAGAGCUUCACCAGAAAUUAGCUGAAGAGGCGAAGAAAACAGAUCGUCAAAUAUUUGAAAACAAAAAAUUAGCCGAGAAGAUGGAAGCCAUAAUUCAGGAGAAGGAUAGACUAACAUUGGAACGUGACGGUCUCAAAGAAAACAUUGAGGAACUGCGGUGCCAUGUUUCGACCUUGACAUCCGAUACCACCUCCAGGCCUCCUUCCGAUCUCUCUGAUGUUGAUUUGUUGGAAAUUGUUCCUCAUGAGAUCAGACAAAAAUUGAUUAGACUGCAGCAUGAGAAUACUUUACUGAAGCAACGUGCAGGAGAAGGGGAUAGUAGUGAACAGUUACCCGUCCUUCAAACAUUGGUGUCUGACCUUCAGGAACGACAGACCUCGCUCACUCAGGAAAACAGACAACUGAAUCAUCGUAUCAUGGAACUGGAAAGUGAAGUCGAGGAAGCAAAGGCUGCCGUGGCGGUUGCAGGGCCAAUGGCAAUGGCUGCUGCCUCAAAGGCUUUUGAAGGUUCCCCAACCAGAUCCACAAGUGCCGAAGCCAGGAGAAUAGCAGAUCUUGAGAAAAAAUUGCAGGAACAAAGUGAAAAGGUCAUGGCUUUGGAAGAGAGCCUUUCAAAGAAAGAGAGUGAAAUGGGAGCCAUGGAAGAGCGGUACAAGAAGUACUUAGGGAAGGCCAAGUCUGUUAUUAAGACCCUUGAUCCCAAGCACAAUCCAGCUCUGGUUCCGGAUGUGUCCAACUUGCGGUCAACUAUCCACGAGAAGGAGCGAAUGAUUGAGAACAUGGAGAGGGAGUCAGAAAAAACCAAGAUGAUUCGUGAUAUGGAGGAAAAACUUAUCACAACUGCCUUCUAUAAUUUUGGCAUGCAGAUGCACCGUCAAAUGAUUAGCCAGCGUUUGUCUACGAUGGAUCAGGGUCAAACGUUCCUCACCCGACAGCGACAAGCUUCCACUAGGCGUGUUCCCAUGAGCAAUAUGGGCAACAGAGCGCCGGGGGACCAUGAAAGCGUAACUCCUUUGAGGACGAAUAGCAGCUACCCUGCCAAAAAUGAAUUUUAUGACUAUUAACGGCGCCGAUUGUUUGGUUCUCGAGACCCCCCCAUCCCUGUGCAUGGCACACUCCGUCCAGCAAUCAGUAUGAUGACAUGAGAAUCAGCUGACUUCAUGAUGUCUUUCAUAGGCCUGAAAAAAAUAGUAAAACCAUUUGAAGUUAUAUUUGAUAUUUGGAGUUACGGUUCAGAGAUUGUAAGUUAAAAAUCGAAGGAUUUAUUCCCUAACCCCCUCCCUCCCCCUCCCCCCCUCCUCUCCCCCACCUCCUCCUUCCUGUCCUUUUGUGAUCAUACGUGGAGAAAGGUACACUUACUCGGUUAUUAUAUGUACUCUCAAGGGUUACUAAUUGUUGCUAAAAAUGUCUGGAAAUGGUAUCUUUAUAAUGAAUUGCUCUCCAUAGGUAUUUUAAGGUGGUUUAUGAUUUUAUGCAUUAUUUUAACCAGAGUACACAGUACAGGACUUACUGCACUAAAAUAUCUCAUAGAUUCUUUCUUUAGAAUAACAGGAGUAUCUGGCUGAAAUCUGGAACUUUACACCCAUUUUAAGGUAAUUGGUAGUACUAUCACCAAAACAGGAGUAACAUAGUUAAGGGAGGCACAAGGUUUCACAUUUUUUAUGUAUUGGAAGCACUUUCUUUUUAUAGCUUUAAAAUAUUUUUAUUGACUGGCAUAUCAUCUUGCAUAUCACAUAGGAAAGCUAUGCAGUUUUUCUUUGUUGUUUUGAUUAUUCAGUAUGAAAUGCUGUAUACUAUAGAGAUUAAAGAACUUAUUAAAACUCCUUUUAGGUUAUUCUUAUUUGGCAAUCUUUGAAAUGAUAAGAAAUGAUUUGCAAUAUAUUUAAAUUUUUAGGUGCCAAUUGUAAGUUUUUACUUCAGUCUCAUGUUCCCUUGACUGAAAAAGCAAUUCCAGAGGUUGACAAAACUUGUGUUUACAAUUGAUCUUUUGAUUUUAUAAAAUUAAAGUAUUUUAUUUAGCAUUUAUGCAAGAUUAAAGAUUUUUAUGGAACCUAGAUUUUGCGCAGAAUUUUAAUGGUAUGGAAAUAUAUAAGUAUGUAUCUGAUUUUUUAAAAUGAUGGCGAAAGGUUGAUCGUUAUUCAUAAAAGAAACAAAAUUGGUACUGUAUAUGUUUUAGAGCAAUAAACAUGACAAAUAAAUAAAAGAAAGUAUCAGCUGUUAUGCAUUGUAAAGCAUCACUCAAAAAAAGAAUUUUUUGCGAGUGAUAGCUGCUAGUUUGAAAUGGCUAAGGUUAAAACCAAUUACAGUAUCCCUAUUUAAAGGCAGUGAAUUCCAAAUAUCCAGUGAUAAAAAUCUAAGUUGUCAGGUAUAAUUGCUUCCUUUUUUUAUUGUUAAAUUUUGUAUGAAGACCCAUAUACAGUAUACACUUGCUCAUUCAAGACUGGUUUUGUAUUGUUUUUAGAUUCUGUCAGGAAAUUUUCUCUUGACUUAAAGGAGAGUGAAUAUUGAGAGAUGAUUUUGCCUUGCUAGCUGUAGUUUUAUCGUUAUGAAGAGGGUAAAGUUUUAUAUGAUAGCAUUUCUUGAAAUAAAGUAUUUAAAAUACCAA